CCUGACGUGCCUCACUCCGCCCCUACAGCCCACCGCUGCCAGUUGGCAUCUCCCGUCUCCAGCACAACUGCAACCAAGGCGGGCGCCGUCUGUCCACACCGUGCGGAGCAACAGCACCGCGACCGAAGGUGCAACAGUGUCUGGUUAAAAAGACAAAUAAAGGAGGGGAGCAAAGUGCUCGGAGGCGCCCACCAGCGAGCGUCGGGCUGGGAUCCUGCUCUCUGAAGGGAUGCCAGCUCUCAGUGCCUGACCGGCUCCCGCAAGCAGACGGGAAGCAAUGACCAUUCCCUCUCUGCCCUGCGGAGUGUUUGUCCACAGCCAGAAUCUCCGUCACUGAGAAACAGCCCAGCCUUUCAAAUGGUUCGCGGCAACAUGUCCAAAACCCAAGAGAUUCGGAUGGGUAUCCUAGAAACCCCAACCAUUCAGUAUUCUGGAAGAGGUGCAAUAAGGAAAAACAGGUUCAAAGGAUCUGAAGGCAGUACCUCAUCAGAUACUACAUCCAACAGCUUUGUGAGACAGGGUUCGGCGGACUCCUAUACCAGCCGUCCAUCUGAAUCAGAUGUAUCUCUGGAGGAAGAUCGUGAGGCAGUACGGAGAGAAGCAGAGCGCCAAGCCCAAGCCCAGCUGGAGAAAGCAAAGACUAAACCUGUUGCAUUUGCCGUACGGACAAAUGUUGGCUACAGCGCAGCCCUGGACAAUGAUGUCCCUGUUCCAGGCAUGGCUAUCUCUUUUGAAGCAAAGGAUUUUCUACAUGUCAAAGAAAAAUUCAGUAAUGACUGGUGGAUAGGACGGCUGGUAAAAGAAGGCUGCGAAAUAGGAUUCAUCCCAAGUCCAGUCAAAUUAGAAAAUAUGAGGCUGCAGAAUGACCAAAAAACAAAGCAGGGAAAAUAUCACUCAAGUAAAUCAGGUGGAAAUUCAUCUUCCAGUUUAGGUGAUGUGGUUCCUAGUUCCAGACGGUCCACUCCUCCCUCAUCUGCUAUUGAUUUAGAUGCAAGUGGCUUAGAUGCAGAAGACACUGAUCCCCCAGCAAACCACCGGUCCCCUAUAACCAGUGUAAACACUGUAACGUCUCCCCAGUCUAAAGAGAAAAGAAUGCCCUUCUUUAAGAAGACUGAGCACGUCCCUCCCUACGAUGUAGUGCCUUCUAUGCGACCGGUAGUUCUAGUGGGGCCUUCUCUGAAAGGAUAUGAGGUGACAGACAUGAUGCAAAAAGCAUUGUUUGACUUUCUGAAACAUAGAUUUGAAGGAAGAAUAUCAAUUACACGGGUUACAGCUGACAUCUCCCUUGCCAAACGUUCAGUGUUAAAUAAUCCUAGUAAACAUGCAAUAAUUGAACGGUCUAAUACAAGAUCAAGCUUAGCUGAGGUCCAAUGUGAAAUAGAACGGAUCUUUGAACUGGCAAGAACGUUGCAAUUAGUCGUUCUUGAUGCAGAUACGAUCAACCAUCCAGCUCAGCUGGGUAAAACCUCUUUGGCUCCUGUUAUAGUCUAUGUGAAGAUUUCAUCUCCAAAGGUAUUGCAAAGAUUAAUAAAAUCAAGAGGAAAAUCCCAGGCUAAACACCUGAAUGUACAGAUGGUUGCAGCAGACAAACUGGCUCAGUGCCCUCCAGAACUGUUUGAUGUAAUCCUUGAUGAAAAUCAGCUAGAAGAUGCCUGUGAACACCUGUCUGACUAUCUAGAAGCUUACUGGAGAGCUACCCAUCCUCCGAGCAGCAAUCCUCCCAAUCCUCUCCUCAGCCGUACAAUGGCUAGUGCAGCUCUUCCUUCAAGCCCAGCACCAGUUUCCAACUUGCAGGAACAGAAACAGGGAGAGCAAAAGCAUCUGCAUUCAGGACCUGAGAGGCCUGCUUCCCAGGAGGAAGAAAAGCAACCAGAGCCAGUAAAAAAGCCCCAACACCGAACUUCUUCCUCUGCCAAGCACCACAAUCACAGGGGUGCUGUGAGCCGGGGCCUCGAGAGGCAGGAAACAUUUGACUCAGAAAUGGAAGACAGCAGGGAUUCUGUGUAUAUAGAACCAAAGGAUGAUUAUACCGAUAGUCAUGGUGAUCAUUACAGCUCGCACCAAGAUCACAACCAUACAGAAGAAGUCCAAGGUGACUGCACCCAUAGGCACAGAGAAUCACGGCAUCGUUCAAAGGAACAAGAGCGAGAACAGGACCAUAAUGAACGCAACAAACAGCGCAGUCGCCAUAAAUCAAAGGAUAGACAUUGUGAAAGGGAUGGGGAUGUUGCAUCUAAAAAAAGAAAUGAUGUAAGCGAGUGGAACCAAGACGUGUACAUUCGCCAUUAACUUUGUCUAUAAGGCUCCUCAUCCCUUUUAGUUUUGUGUGUAUAAAAGGAAAAAAUACACAUUACCUGCUAUGUCUGCUGUAAAAGUUAUUGUACAUUGGAGACUUCUUACAGUUGUUGCUGAUCCAGCAUGGGAAUAGAAUCAAUAUAAUUUACUUAAGUCCAUGGUACAAUUGCAGAUCUCCUAGACUUGUACUGUACAUGUUUUUGGUUUGGUUUGGUUUAGAUGGCUGCCAGCUGAACAAUAACUUUUACUAUGAAAUUACUGUUAAUGUUCUUAAGCAACAUUUUUAUAUAUACAUAUCUGUGUGUGUAUGUGUGGGUGUGUGUGAGUGUGAGUGUGUGGAAUGGGGGUUGGGAAAUUCAAUAUUCCUGAAUAUUCAGGAAAAGUUGCAUCAGCACAUUGUUUACUUUUUUUUAUCAUCAAAUGUUUAAUUUCUGCAUGCAGAAAUCUGUUCAUGUUUAAAGAUCACUCUGGCUUAUACUUGUAGUUGGGGUGCAUUUGGGGAAUCUAGUCUUGCCUUAUACAUCAGAUAUAAUUAAAAGGAAAGUAUUUUUUAAGUAUUGGUACUAUGUACUGUAUGGUAUCAUUUUAUUUAUGCUUAUAACUUUGAAAAUCAUUCACAAAUAUAAUUAGUCAUUUUACCUGCUUCUAAAUUGUUUUUAUGUACUUUCUCUCCUUUACCAUUGCCAACUACAACUGGCCUAUUUUAGAAAAAAUGUAGUUAAUUCAAUCAUUUCACAUAUCUAACAUUUCAUCAAUGAAUGGGCUGGGAAAUUCAAAAUGCAAAGUGUAUAUAUAUAUAUAUAUAUAUAUACACACACACAGAUAUACAUAGAAAAACUUGCUGUUUAGGUUUUUGUAAAAUUAUUAGUUUUAAUUGGUAAGGCAAUGGCCAGUUUACUUAAUCAGUUUAGGUUAAACACCAAAUACUUAAUAUUUAUGUAUGUUAGUCACAAGAAUUACUUUGAUUUAGGGUUCUUGAGGGUUCUGUGUUUCUUUCCCCCCCGUAAAGUUAAAUUAUUUUCGCAAAUGGCUUUGAUUUAUUGCUUAAUGGGCAAAAAGAAAAGCUGUUCUAUAACUGUAUUUGCACAUUUGUGGAAUUUAUUUUUGAAAUCUAAUUUAUAUGCAUUUGUAUAUAUUGUUGUUAUUGCCUUUGUAGGUGUUGACAGUAGUCGAUUCUGCCGAACUGUUAUUUAUUUAAAUGGACAAAUGUUGGCUGUACAUGUUAACAUAGAAAUGCCAUUUCAUUUACAGACACAAUGCUUCAUUGCUUCUGUUAUAUAAUGAAUAGAUAGAAAGACACGUAUAGAUGCAUGUGCACACACACAUGUACUUUCUUCCAAUCACUUUUGCCUGAAAUAGGUUGCUGCUUUAUCAUAAAAAAAUGUAAAGUUCUAGCAUGUGAGAUGUUUAUACUCUGCUCCAAUAUACCAAGCCAUGUAUUUUCCCCAAAAUAGCAAUGUGAAUUACACUUGAAUUUCAGAUGUUAUUUUCAAAAAAAAAGAAAAAAGUACUGUUUCCCUACUUUACCAAUUUCCUACUUUUCUGGUAGGAAACCUGACAUAAAUAUAGUUGUUGCCAGAGUGUGCUUUGGGGUUUAAAAAAAAUAAACGUGCAGAUCAAAGAGGUAGGCCUGAACACUGGUAUUUGGAGCUUCUGGAUUUUGCACAUCUAAAGCCUUCAAAGGCAAACAUCGUGGCUAAUCAAUGCAAUAUAAGAGCACGCAUGUAGACAGCACCUUUAGCCUGUGAAUAAUGUAAAUUUGUCAGUACUCCUUCGAAUCAUUCCCAUUGUUAUUUUUAGUGGAUGAAUAAGUGAAAUAUCUGAGGGCUUUCAUGGAAUCCUAUCACAGCAUUCGUCAGUGCCUUUAUAAACAGAAAGAUUAAACUAGAGAACAGUCAGAUAAGAAUCAUUCCAGUCUUACUUAUUAUAAAAAUAAAAUACUUAGUAGAUCAAGCAGCAGCUAUGAAGAUGAUUGUUCCAAGGCAAUGACGAUUUAACAGAAGGCAAAAGGAACAGUUUAAAAUCUUUGAUAUUAAAUAUUAGCUCUUUUUCUGGUCACUGAUGCUGUGGACAGAUGUGCAUUUCCAGCAGUUUCUCUUGUUUCUCAUUGACUACUGUUGCUAUUUCUUAAGUUGUCUUUACACUGAGUGUCCAAAAACACUGGAGUCUAAACAAUUGUGGCUAUAUAUGCUUCAUUUGUUGAGGAGAUUUCCUGAGUCCAAGAAAACUCAGUUUGGCAAUUUGUUGAUGAAUACAAAUUUUUGUUACAAUAGAGAACAUUUUGUGAAUGUGCUUUUGGUAUAGAUAUGGUGUAAACGUCAGUGGAACUGAUGGGUGCUUUUUCACUUUCUUGAAUAAUGUAUGAAGCAAACAUUCUGUUCUCUGUCCAAUCACCCAGUCCAUCUUUAGGGCGUUAAAGUACAGCCAACAUAACAUAAUCACUUUCACAUCUGGAAAACUAAUAUUCUUCACAGUACCUACACACACUGAUGGAGUUGAAAAAGAAUGGAAAAUUAAAUCCGUAUUUCCAACUUUUUGAAGCAAAUGUUCCAAUGUGACAACAUGUCUGUAGGUCAUCUACUAUACAGUUAACUGCAUAGAUUUUAACUUAAAGACAUGAGGGAGAAAAUCCAUCAUGAUUUACAACUAUAAAUGGUACAUUCCAAUUGUUUGAUAGUUGGUGAACAGUGAUUAGACAGGGUUCUAAAUUUGGCCUUUGGUAUUAUCUUAAAAACCAUCAAAUUGAAUUACAGAACAAUAUUGUCAUCCAGUCACUGAAAUGGUGUUUGAAGUUCUUCAUACUGAUCUUAGAAUAACCAAAUCUGAAGCUUGAAAAGUAAAUACUAAAUGUGUAAGUGAUUAAAAAAGAUGUAAAUUAAAGAUUGCAAAUUUAUGGUCCUGCAACUUGUGUAGCGUUAUCAUACUCAGUUUUAAUGAGGUAUUUUCAUUUUGAUUAUUUUCUAGUAAGAAAGAUAAAUUUCAAACUCCCUUCCCACCCUCCCCCACACCCUGCCAACUUUCCUCCUCUCCAGGAAGCAGCAUCUACAACCAAAGAUAGAGGUAUGCUAGUGUUCUUUCUAUCUGCAUAAUCAUUGAGACAGUAAAUGAAGCUCAAAGACAAUCUCACUGAUUACCUCUUCAUCCUCCAGAGCACGACAGCUGACUUUUUUUUCAGUAACUCCACACACAAAUGGAGUUGAAACUUGUAGAAUGAAAAAUUAAAUUCACUUUUCAAACUCUACCUCUUGAAGCUAAUAUGCAUUCAGUUACUGCACAUAAUCUAGCAAUAGGUCAAUUUCAAUAGAAGAAUUCGGUGAUCAGGAUAGUAGUUAACAUGUUGCUCAGACAUUUUGUCUCAACAAGCAGGAUUUCCCAUUUUAAUUCCAAUCCUGAUUCCCAUUCCAACAGAUUGUUCCAUGGCCUCCUGUAGAAAUGAUGAGGUCUCCUAUAGAAACUCUUUGGUUGGAGGAGUAACACCUUGUAUUCCAUCUGGGUAGCCUCCAACCUGAUGGCAUGAAGAUCGAUUUCUCUAAUGUCCCGUAAUUUCUUAUCCCUGCUCCUUCCCUCAUUUCUUCCAUUCUUUAUGGAUUCUGGCUGCCCUCUUUCCUCUUCUUCUUACUGCCUAAUACCUCCCUGGUACCCCUUCUCCUUCCUGUUCUAUGGUCCACUUUCCUCUCCAAUCAGAUUCCUCCCUUUGCAGCACUUUACCUUUUCCAUCAAUCGCCUUCCAAGUUCUCACCAUCCCCCUCUUCCACCCACCUGGUUUCACCUAUCACCUUAUAGCUUGUACUCCUUCCUCUCCCCUUCCCUUUUUAAUCUGGCUUCUUCUCCCUUCCUUCCUAGACCUGAUGAAGGGUUUCGUCCAGAAACAUUGACCGUUUAUUCCUUUCCAUAGAUGCUGCCUGGCCUGCUGCAUUCCUCUAGCAUUUUGUUUGCACACUGAUUGAAGCCUAUUUUCAAACUACAACAAAUUUACAGCGAUUCUCACCCUAUUCAAUCAACUCAAUAUUAAUUGCAAGAUCAUUAAAUUUUUGAACAACUACUGCACUGAGACAUUUUGUUUACUGUAUACAACACAUUUGACUAAAAGCUAGUUGUAUGAAAUAAUUUAACUAUAUUAAAAUUACACUGAACUUCCUGUUUUGUUUACUGGAACACAUCAGCCUACCCUGCAGAAAUAUGAUAUUUUGAAAACCAAUGAACUUUAAUGUUUGAACAAAAUUAUCCUUUAUUGUUUUGUAUGCAUAUGCUCAAAUUUUUGAAGAAAUUCAAAGUUCACCCAACUUCCAAUGCGCGUCCAUUUGUUUCAAAGUAUCUUAAGUUCUCGAUUAUGAAGCUUUCUUCAAUCCUUUAAUUGAUUUGAACAGAAUCUUUGAUUAGUGGAUGAACUGAUGAACAACACUGGAACUCCCUCAACUAUAUCUGGAAGUGGAAAAUCAUUCAGGAAUCCAAUCAUGAGACAUUGUACACAUUGCUUAAGAACAGGCUCAAAAC